AUGAUGAUGGUUAUGGAGUUGUGCGAAGGAAAGGACCUGGUUGAUUAUGUCUUGAAGCACCCACCAGGGGGCAUUUCCACCUCUUCUUGCCAGCGGCUGAUGCAGCAGCUCCUUUUGGCUGUCAACUUCCUCCACUCCUUUGACAUAUUGCACAGAGACAUAAAACUGGACAAUGUGAUCUUCAAAGGGGCCGAAGGCGCGCGAGGCGAUUUGGCCCUUUUGGAUUUCGACAUGUGUUUGCUGCUGGACAGCAGCAGCAGCAGCAGCAGCAGCAGCAGCAGCAGCGGCAGCAAGACGGAGGUCGCUGUCGUAGGCACGAGAGAAUAUAUGGCCCCCGAGUGUUUCACGGGCCAGUACAGCCGCGCUUCCGACGUUUGGAGUUUGGGGGUAAUUCUUUAUGUGCUGCUGGAUGGCCAUUUUCCUUUUGACGUGAACAGCAUCAGCAGCAGCACAGCAGCAGCAGCAGCAGCAGCAGCAACUGAGGACCCGGCAGCAGCAGCAGCAGCAGCAGCAGCGGGAGGGGUCCCCGCCGCGGCAGCCGCAGCGCUGCCCGCGGGCGCCCCGCACGCCCCGCAGCAGCAGCAGCCGCCGCAGCCGCAGCCCCCCACCCAGCAGCAGCAGCAGCAGCAGCAGCAGCAGCAGCAGCAGCAGCAGCUGAGCGGGCGAGCCAUUCGGCGGCUGCUGAAGCAAGGUGCUGCCUUUUUGUCAACUUUGCGGCAGCGGCAUCCUCUUGCUGCAGACUUGAUUGAGUCCAUGCUCGAGUUCGACUCCAAGGCCCGCAUGCAAACUGCGUUUGAAGCGCUGCACCACCCGUGGCUCUUGCCAGUGCCUUCAGCUUUGCCGGCGCAGCAGCUGCCGCCGCAGCAGCAGCUGCUGCUGCAGCAGCUGCAGCAGCAGGUGCUGCAGCAGCAGUUGAAGAGGCGGCAGCAGAAGCAGCAGCAGAAGCAGCAGCAAAGGCAGCAUGCAGCCAUCGGGAAGCUCCCAGCAGCAGCAGCAGCGGCAGCUGCGGUGCCAGCGGCAGAAACAUGGAUUCAUCAGGAUCGCUUUGCUGCAGCUGCUGUAGCAGCAACACAGCAGCAGCAGCAGCAGCAGCACCAGCUGCCCUGGAACUGCAGCACAACUGCUGCUCGCAUGUCUCGGCCCUUCCAAGGCACACAGGCGGCGCUGCCAGGCUGCAAGACUGCUGCAGCACAUCAUGCGCAGCAGUAUUUCAAGCAGCAAUUUGCUCGCCAGCAACAGCCGCCGCAGCAGCAGCUGCAACGCUCUGCAGCAGCAGCAGCAACUGAUGGUGCUGCUGCUGCUGCUGCUGCUGUUGCCCUUCCGAUAGAGAGCCAGCACGUAGCAGCAGCUAGCCUUGAAAAGGAAACGAACCUGCAACGACUGCAACAGCAGCAGCUGCAGCAGCAACAACUGCAGCAGCAGCAACUGCAGCAUCAGCAACUGCAGCAACAGCCAGAGCAGCAGCAGCAGCAGCAGCAGCAGCAGCGCUUCUUUGUGACAAGGCAGCAGUUCAAUUUACCGCAGCCGAUGGAGCACCACCUUCAGCAGAUGCCGCUGUCUGCACACCCCACGCAGCAGCUGCAGCAGCAACAGCUGCAGCAGCAACAGCUGCAGCAGCAACAGCUGCAGCAGCAGCAGCAGCGGCUGCAGCUGCAGCAGCGCGUGCAGCAGCAGCAGCAGCAGCAGCAGCUGGCCCAGCUGCAGGCGCGGCAGUUCCAGCUGCAGCAGCAACUGCAGCAGCAGCAACUGCAGCAGCAACUGCAGCAACUGCAGCAGCAGCAAGCCAUACCCCGCAGCACGGCCCUCAGGGGCCCCACACCUGCAGCAGCAAAGCAGCCACCAAGUUUGGGCGAAGCAGCAGCUGCAGCAGCAGCAGCAGAAGCAGCAGCUGCAGCAGAAGCAGCUGCUGCUGCUGCGGCAGCAGCAGCAGCAGCACAGCAGGGUCUCAUUGAACUGUGUCUGAGAUGCCUCGUAGGCAGAGCAGCAGCAGAAGUAGUAGCAGCACGAGCAGCAGCAGAAGUGGUAGCAGCAGCAACAGCAGCAAUAGUGUCUGCAGCAGCAACAGCAGCAGCAGCCGUGGCAGCAGCAGGAGCAGCUGUAGCAGCAGCAUCAGGAGGAGCAGUGGUAGCAGUAGCAGCAGCAGCAGCAGCAGCAGCAGCAGCAGCAGCAGCACUAGUACUAUCGGCUUGGCAGCAGCAGCAGCAGCAGCAGGAUCAGCAGCAGCAAGAUCAGCAGGAUCAGCAGCAGCAGCAGAAUCAGCAGCAGCAGGAUCAGCAGCAGCAGCAGGAUCAGCAGCAGCAGCAGCAUGUUCAGCAGCAGCAGGAUCAGCAGCAGCAGCAGCAGCAGCAGCAGCACCUGCGGGGCGUUCUGUUCUUCGGGAGGACUUGCAAAAGGGCCCAAGUUGAUUUGAAUAAUGGAAUUUAA